AGCAACCAUAAAGCCUGACCCAUGAGAGAGUGAAACAAGAAAGGGAGGGGGGAGGAAAAACAGAGAGGGAACCUGCUUUAACUUCAGCUUCUGUCCUGCUGAGGGGCUUCAGCCCUGUGCUUCUGUGAAGGGGUGUGCAGCGGUGUGUAUGACUGACUGUGAGUGUAUGUGAGCCAUGUCGGACCCAAGGAACAUCGAUGAGGAUGCCAUCCUCAAAGGCCUCAGUGCUGAAGAGCUGGAGCAGCUGGAGUGUGAACUGCAGGAGAUGGACCCUGAGAAUGCCAUGCUCCCAGCUGGCAUGCGGCAACGAGACCAGACCAAGAAGGGCCCAACGGGGCCGUUUGACCGUGAAGCCCUGCUGCAGCACCUGGAGAAGCAGGCUCUGGAGCACCCUGACAGGGAAGACCUGGUGCCCUUCACCGGGAAAAAGAAGGGAAAGAAAUUUGUGCCUAAGAAGCCAAAGGAGAUUCCCUUGCAUGAGCAGGUGAUCCUGGAGCCAGAGCUGGAAGAAGCUUUGAAAAACGCCACAGAUGCAGAGAUGUGCGACAUUGCAGCCAUCCUUGGAAUGUACACACUGAUGAGCAACAAGCAGUACUACGAUGCUCUGGGCACCACAGGCACAAUCGCUAACACAGAGGGCAUCAACAGUGUUGUGAAACCAGAUCCAUUCAAGAGCUUCCCUGAAGAACCUCCAAACCCCACCAAUGUGGAGGAGACCCUCGAGAGAAUCCUCAACAAUGACAGCUCUCUGACUGAGGUCAACCUGAACAACAUCAAGGACAUUCCCAUCCCAACACUAAAGGAGGUCUUUGACGCAAUGAAGGAGAACUCCCAUGUAGAGGUUUUAAGCAUUGCUGCAACUCGUAGCAAUGACCCUGUGGCUUAUGCAUGUGCUGAGAUGCUACAGGAGAACACCAGCUUGCAGAGUCUUAACAUUGAGUCCAAUUUUAUUACUUCCGAUGGCAUGAUGGCCAUCAUUAAAGCCAUGGCUAACAACGCCACACUGGUGGAGCUCAAGAUUGACAACCAGAGGCAGAAGCUGGGAGACACAGUCGAGAUGGAGAUUGCCUCCAUGUUGGAAAACAACUCCAGCAUUCUUAAGUUCGGCUACCAUUUCAACCAGCAGGGUCCCCGCGCCAGAGCCGCCAUGGCCAUUACAAGAAACAAUGACAUGAUUCGCCAACAGAGACUGAGAUGAAGCAAACAGGAGAAACACUUAAGCCCUUCGGAGCCUGAAAAGACCUCUGAUGUCAGCGAUGCGACAGCUUUCUCUGUCAGGGGUGUGAAAGAGACGAACAAAUCAUCCCAAAUUAAUCUGAACCAUGUCCAACUUCCAUGCUUAACCAUUUCAUUUCAUUUACUGCUGAAUUCAUUAUAAAAUGAUGUGAUCAAAUGU